AAGCAAGAGAUAACUUGAGAAUUAGCGAUUCCCAAAUUUUCCCUCUUCUUAUGUUUUCUUUAUAUUCGUUUUACACAGAACUCACACUGAAUAAGUACAAAAAAAACCAACACUAAUUACUCAAUACAACAGACCUUGUAGAAGUUUCAAUCAUUUUGAAUGGUGGAAAACUCAUUAAUAGGCUAAUGGGUGCUCAGAAAAGCAUUCAUGCCGGCAAAGCUAAAAUAGAUGUCAAUGUGGAUUUCACCCAUAAACUAUGUGCUGCUUUGAUGCUCCAGCCUUUCAGGAAUUCUGGCAGCCCCCUUGAAUUGGUAAUUGGCAGUCUUUGCAUAAAACACCCAAAUUUAUUUGGCAAGAGCGAGAAGCUAGAUGUUUUGUGGGAUAAAGGACUCUAUGAUUCCAAUAUCUUGAUUACUUACCGGAAGCCAAGACCAGAAUGGCUUGCUCAACAGUCUUUUGUCGUUCAGCAUUCCGUUUCUCCCGAGAUUGGGGUCCAUGGCUUACCAGAUGACAACUUCUCUCGCUCAGGAAGUGGCGGAGUUAACUUAUCUCGCUUAUCUGCUGGCUUAGAUUUGAGUGAGCCAGCAAGUUCCAACUGGAGCAGCAAGACAAGUAUAAAAUUUGAGCAUAUUCGUCCUGUAAGCGAUGAGGGUCGGUCAAUAAAUAGAGAUACUCACGGGUUUCCGGUGACUUGCAGUGGUGGCUAUAAUGACAGUAUGGUAGUAGUUAAACAGGAGUCUCGAUACGCAAAAGCAAAUGAUCGUAGUUUUUCUCAAUUUAGCCUGCAAAUUGAACAAGGGGUUCCCAUUCUUUCCAAGUGGCUAAUCUUCAACCGAUUCAAGUUUGUUGCAUCAAGGGGACUAAAACUUGGGCCGGCUUUUCUCUUGUCAAGCCUCACGGGUGGUUCUAUCGUGGGGGAUAUAGCUCCCUAUCAAGCUUUUGCAAUUGGCGGUCUUGGUAGUGUCCGAGGGUAUGGUGAAGGAGCUGUUGGUUGUGGUAGAUCUUGUCUGGUUGCUAACAAUGAACUGACGUUUCCUUUGAGCCAGAUGCUUGAUGGUGCUGUCUUCUUGGAUUGUGGAUCUGACUUGGGCUCAGGUCGUCAUGUGCCCGGAAAUCCUUCUCUUAGGCAUGGCAAACCAGGAAACGGAAUUGGCUUCGGAUAUGGCCUUAGAUUCAAGUCUCAGCUGGGACAUUUCCAGGUGGACUAUGCAGUCAAUGCAUUUCAACAACGAACAGUGUACUUCGGCUUCAGUAACCUUCCUUCGUGAGUCUUAACCACAACAUGACUUGCAACCAUGGCAUAACUUAUGAUCAGCGCUGCAUCCGUGGAGAAAAUUUAUGAGGAUAUCUGCAAGGGAUCAGAUGUUAGACUCCGAGCAGUGGCCCGUCCCUCAUAGGAACAUCAGUGAAGAUUUUUUUGAAAAGCAUAUUGAGCAAAUUAGUGCACAGAGGUGGUUCCAUUUUCCCUGUACCUCUUCAAAGAAUCAGAUAGAAAUUUGUAAAUUCUUUACAGUGACCAUCAGGAAGUUAGUCUUAAUGUCAAAGUUCAUAACCUGCUUACAAUAGACAAUAUACACAUUCAAUUUCCCUUUUUUU